AUGCAUGGCUAUAAUGAUCAAGCUUUGAAUUUUUAAUAUUCUUCAUUUUUGGUAGAAUUAAUUUUGAUUUUUAUUCAUUUUGAUUUUCAAGCAGCUGGAAGUCUGAAGAAAAAGACUCUGUAAUUUAUGGAAUUUUGUUAUUUUUAAAGUUUUAAAGGAGGAGUUUAAAGUAGCUUCAGUGAUUGGAUAUUUCAAAAAGAUCGAUUAAUGGGAACUAUGACAGCCUCGAUGAGGACACUAAUGAAUGAGAAUAUAAAAUUUUAAGUUUUGAAUAGUCCAUUUUGA